CCUCACAAACUGACAUUCAAUUCACUCUUGAUUGGCAUACUUUUGCUGGCAUCGCAUUCAACUGGACAGUCCUGCUGCUGCGUGCACUGCUAUCUUGCCACUCGGGACAUUGGCGAGGAUCGUCAGUGAUCGACGCAUGCUCUUUGUGAUCUCGAGUCGGAUUGCUUGGACGCUUUUCAGGGUAGAGAGCGAGCGGCACAUUAUUUUAAGGACAUCACAUCCGUCGAAUCACCAAAAUCACUUGACCAGUUGAGGAGAGAGAAAGAUUGUACACAAGGCGUGCUGGAUCUGUCCUGUGUUGUCCUCCUAUCGGACUUGCUUCGACGUAACCCUGCUCGUUCAGUUGAGCGACGAGUCUGCACGAUACCGAUCCAUCCCCAUCAACGCAUACGAUAAUAAGCAGGCCCGCGACUCAGACACGGUCUCGGUCUCGGACCUGUUUGACACCAUCUCUAGCCGCCCAUCCAAUCGACCACUCUCUUCACACCAUGCACGGAGAUCCUUCACCUUCGUCGUCCACGGCUUCGUCGUCCUCGUCCCUCCUCCGACCGCGCAAUAUCAAUCGGCCGGGCACCUGGUUUAAACCCAAAGUGGGGCAUACAAAACUGGCCACUACUGCUGAAGAUUUCGUGAUGAUCUCGCCUAUCAAAGCUCAUCAGGCCAUGCCUCCAACACCUGCACGACUUCAAGGCGACACGAGCUCUUCAUCUCCAGAGGAUAGCCCAACGCCGGCGUGUGGAGUCGCGAGUGCUACUGCGAGAUUGAAACUAGUGGAUGAUGACAGUCCAUCAAGACGGAUUCAGCAUGAGCAAGGCGUCUUCUUAUCGACAGGUCUAAAAGGGCGAGAAUCGCCCACUAGUCCACUCAAAUACUCGACUCUCUUUCCAAAUCCACAGGACGAAGAUUCGCCUCAACUCCCUCCAACCCCUCUCAUGUCCAACGCUCCCCUUCCACAACCGCUCUUUCCUCCACUUCGCACCUCUCAAUCACAAGACUGCGACGCGACAAAAUCGGGAUCCGAUGCCAAGGCGAGCUCGCAUCGAGCUCGCUCAUCGACUGACGCUCAACGGCCAUUGUUGGGACAGAAAAAGGCCAUCUCACUUGACGCGCUUCACAAGACAGCGGAAGAUAAGAAUGAACCUUUCGGACAUCACCCUCAACCGUCUUUCCUUGGCAAAAAGUCUCGGCCUCCAUCAGCCGGGUCGACAUCGGUUCAUCGUGCACACAAGCGACACAACUCCGGAGAUCACCAUGGUCUUGGAUCCAUCUCUCGUUCCACUGGACAGAAGUCGGGAUUAGCCUUGACUUUGACGCCUGCAAACUCGACUGAAUUUGCAUCCAGCUCUUCUCUCUCCUCCACCUCUUCGUUCUCUCCUGCCGAGCCGCCAAUCUUUGAAGAUGUCAAGCCUCUCGCAGAGGCUUUUGAGAACAGUGCUGGGACGUUGUUGCGGAAAUUCAAGCCUAGAGACUCCGGGGUGGCUAUGGACGAUCCCUCACCAUUACUACGAGUGGCGCCACCUGCCAAACCUCCACCGCUCACUCGACCCAAACGACCUGCUAUGCUCAAGCGGACUUCCUCUAUGGGGGAUGAGCGAGUCUCGUGUCAGACGCCCAGUAUCACUGGGCCGAGUAUGGCCUCUGGAUGGCCCACACCGAACGCUUUUGGUUUCCUCGGAGAGACCGCCAAAAACCUGUCGUUCAAGGGAGAUCAAAAGCCAUCCAUGCCGGAUACCCCUGUCAAGAGGAAUGCUUACGGUCAUAUGAGGACCGGAUCAAGAGGAAGCUCCUUGGGUGGUCUGCCGAUCGCCAAGGCCUCUUCCCAGCCGACCAUUGAGAUCACCACGGAUAUGACAGGGACCUCUGUCGACACCAAGCCUUUGCUUAAAACUCCGGUGCCGGCAGUGACGCUUACUAUCACUUCCUCUCCGGAGACACCAAUGGAGGUUGAUGUUUCGAGUCCGACUGUCCGUCUUGGCCCGCAAGGCCUUCCUCCCCAUGCCAGUCAUGAUCCUUCACCUUCGAAAGUCGCUGGUCGAAUGGAUCUCUUGCGGGUCCAUGCCGGUGGCAGCAGUAGUGACUGCAGCGAAGAUGAGGGGACGCCAACCAAAGGCGGGGCUUCAGAACGACCCCGCAAUCUUGGUGUCACACCUGGGCCGUCGCCCUCCCCGACCCCGUCUAAACCUCCGGCUGGUAUCAUGCCUCGGAUGUCGCUCCCAGCGUUUGCUGCGCCGAAGCAACACAAGACACUGCAUCAUCGUCAAUCUCAUCCCGCUCCAAACAUCCAGGUUGAGGAGGAUCUCUUUGAGGCUCGUUUCAUUACCCUCGAUACGCUUGGCAAAGGUGCUUUCAGCACCGUCCUAAAGGUACAGGAACGCAUUGGCGACGGUCUGUACGCGGUGAAAAAGGCGCGAGGGGUCUUUGACGGUGUCAAGGAUCGUCUGAGGCAUCUCGAGGAAGUCGACAUCUUGCGCCACUUGUCGAAGAGUCCCUGUCCUCAUGUCAUCAAAUUCGAGGACGCUUGGGAGCAAAAUCGUCAAUUGUUCAUUCAGACCGAGCUUUGCCUCGGAUCCCUGGCCUUUUUCCUCGAAGAAUAUGGUCGAGUUGUUGAGAGGCUGGACGAAGGUCGUGUAUGGAAGAUCGUUCGAGAGCUCAGUGACGGCAUCAAUCACAUCCAUUCUUCCGGUGUCAUUCACUUUGAUAUCAAGCCGGCAAAUAUACUCAUCUCGUCUACUGGUUCGCUAAAAAUUGGCGACUUCGGACUCGCUACUCGAUGGCCUCGUAUCUCGGCCGAUGAGAUCCUUAAAGGAUCUGGUCUGGGAGGCACUGCAGCUGCAUUCGGACCGAAGAAUCAAGAAAAGCUAGAGCGGGAAGGAGAUCGUGUUUACAUGCCUCCAGAAAUGCUUCGGGGUGUAUUUGUCCAAGAAGCCGAUAUUUUCAGCUUUGGUUUGGUCAUCUUGGAAGUCUCAACCAACAUCUGCGUGCCGGAUGGUGGUGCAGCAUGGCAAGCAUUGAGGACCAACGACUUCACAGUCGUCGAUCUGUCACCGCUCUCACCCGCCCUUACCGAUCUCAUCGUAUCGUGUAUGCAGGCCGAACCGAAAGCUCGACCUCUAAUCAGCCAAAUUGUCAGUCACCCCAUUGUUCAGCGCGCUCGGACCGGUAAAGACGCUUUGGCCCCGGAGGAUCCAAGAUGGUUGGUCGAUAUUCUUAGUGGUGGAAGCAGCCUCGGCUUUGCACCUCGUCCGAUGGCAUCGACUCCAAUAGAUGGCGAUGUGGAUAUGAUCGAUUAAAGGGCAUUAUCCUAUCUCCUUCUGUCCCCCAAUCAUCCUUGCCAAACGGCAAACUUCCCUGUUCAUCACGAUCUUGAUCUCAUGACUGUUAUGCCUGGUUCACAUAUCUCUCUCUGUGCCAUCAAAAAAGGGACCGCAUUCCCGUCCCCCCUCUCUAUCUUCUUCUUCCGGAAUACGCAUUGCUAUAUUUAACGACAUCUCAAUCACUCUCUGAGGAGGGCUGCCUGGAAUACGACACGACUCUUCGCUAGAUGCGAGUGAGACUUGUAGAAACUGUUUGUAUAUAACUAUGUUUUUGAAAAUAUCUUGCAAAUCGCAACGAGACGGGAUGACAUGCAACGAUACGAUGCAAUA